AUGAAUAAGUACAUGAGUUCGAGCAGCACCAUUUUGAAUAACAGGAAGAAUUUAGAGAACGCCAUAAAAACGAAUCUGUUGACGGAAAAAACUAUCGAGGGAAGUAAAAAUACAAAAAAUGAAGAAAUUUACGCCGAAAUAAAAAAGAAUUUGUUAAAAUUAGAGAAGGUAUUUCUAGACAAUGUCCUUUUACAAGUGAAAAAGAAAACCACGGCUGGCACGAAAAACUCCAUUGAAAAAUCAGCCAUAAACGAAUUAAACAAAUACAAGAAAAAUAUCGAAUUGUUAAAAAGCAAAGUAAGCAUAGAAGACAAUACGGACAAAAUAGUCAAGCUAGAAAAUAAACUGAAAGAAAAUGAAGAAAUUUUACAAAAAUUGAAUAAUGAUAAGGAGGCGCUGGAAAACAUUUCCAAGCAACAACUAAAAGCGAUAGAUGAAAUUUGCCUAAACGAAACGCAACUGUCCAUACAAACAAAAUAUGAAGAAAUCAGACAAUUAAAAGAAGAACUGAUGAAAUUAAAAAAUACCUAUCUUGAAAAUGAAAACAUUUUGAAAAAAAAACAAGAACAGCUAAUCAACAUAGACAGUCAAUUAAAGAAAAAAAUUUUCGCCAUUAGAAACGCGAAAAGUAGCAGCAACUGUAGCAGCGUCAAUGCUAGCAGUGGCAAUGCAUCCACAGUGAAUAACAAUAAGACUAUCUCGAAUUACCAAAUACAAACGUUGAAAGCCCAAAUAGAUAUGAUAAAUGAUAAUAUAAAUGCCGACACGCAGGGCUAUGAGGAAAAAAUAUCCGAACUUGAGAGCAACAUAAAGUCGUCUGAGAAUGACAUUGAAUUUUUAAAUUCGCAAAUCGGAGAAAUAAAAAAGAACAUUGAGAAUGUCAGAUUGGAGAUAAAAAAAAUGAGAAAACAGAAAAAGGAAAAGUAA